AUGGGUAUCCCGAAGUUUUUCAGGUACAUCUCUGAGAGAUGGCCGAUGAUAUCCCAGCUGAUCGAGGGCUCACAGAUCCCGGAGUUCGACAACUUGUACUUAGACAUGAAUUCUAUUCUUCAUACGUGUACGCACGGUAAUGAUGACGACGUGACGAAACGGAUGACCGAGGAAGAGGUUUUUGCGAAGAUAUUCUCGUACAUUGACCAUCUGUUCCUCACCAUCAAGCCCCAGAAGGUUUUCUACAUGGCAAUUGACGGUGUGGCACCGCGUGCAAAGAUGAACCAACAGCGGUCCCGUCGGUUUAGAACCGCAAUGGACGCCGAGAAUAUGCUCAAGAAGGCUCUGCAGAGGGGGGAGGAGAUCCCCAGUGGGGAACCCUUCGACUCAAACUCGAUUACCCCGGGGACAGAGUUUAUGGCCAAAUUGACCAAGAACUUAAAGUACUUCAUCCACGAUAAGAUCUCGAACGACUCCAAUUGGUCAGGGGACGUCGAGAUUAUCUUCUCUGGGCACGAGGUGCCAGGGAGGGGGAGGCACAAGAUUAUGAGCUUCAUUAGGAACCUGAGGUCGCAGGAUGGGUUCGACAACAACACGAGACACUGCAUCUACGGGCUCGACGCAGAUCUGAUCAUGUUGUCUCUCUCCGCACACGCGCCACAUUUCGCGUUACUCAGGGAGGAAGUUGUGUUUGGCGGUAGGAGAGGGCAGAGGCCGAAGGCGCUCGAGGAGCAGAAUUUCUUCCUAUUGCACAUCUCGUUGCUGAGAGAGUACAUGGGGCUCGAGUUCCAGGAGAUCGCGGACGAAUUGAAGUUUACGUAUGACUUCGAAAGGGUCCUCGACGACUUCAUCCUCGUCAUGUUCGUCAUCGGUAACGAUUUUUUGCCCAACUUGCCCGACCUCCAUUUGAACAAGGGCGCGUUCCCUGUUCUUCUGCAGACUUUCAAAGAGGCACUGCUACAUCUGGACGGAUACAUAAAUGAAAACGGGCAGAUAAACUUGCACAGACUGAAAGUCUGGCUUGACUACCUUUCGCAAUUCGAACUGAUGAAUUUCGAAAGGAAGGAUAUUGACGUGGACUGGUUCAACCAGCAACUGGAGAAUAUCUCGCUAGAGGGGGAACGGAAACGUGCCCUAAUGGGGAAGAAACUACUGCUCAAACAGCAGAAGAAACUCGUGGGGCUUAUCAAACCGUGGAUCAUCAAAGUAGCGAACGAACGGUACCCGUCAAACAUCGAGGACGAAAAAGUGCCCACGUUACAUUUGCCCACGGACAAAAAUGAGCUGAUUUUGCACGACUUGUCCUUCUUGAAGGAACUCGCGCACGAUCUGGGGCUGUUCAUCGUGCAUUCCAAAUCUAAGGACGACUACUCGCUGAAAUUGGAUAUCGACGGCAUCAACCCGCAUGAGACGGAGGAUGAACACGAGGAGAGGGUCAAGUCCUUAAGAAGGACCGUGAAACGGUACGAGCAGGCUGUGCUCGUCGACGACGAGGAGGAACUCGAAAGGGAACGUGAGAUGUACAACAAAAGGUUCGACAAGUGGAAAAACCAAUACUACAAGGAAAAACUGGGGUAUGGCUCACAGGAUGACGACAAGAUCGUGGACCUGACCAAGAACUAUGUCGAAGGUUUGCAGUGGGUGCUGUACUACUACUACAGAGGGUGUCCCUCGUGGGGGUGGUACUACCAGCACCACUACGCUCCACGUAUCUCAGACCUCGCCAGGGGACUUGACCAGAUCAUCAAGUUUGAUUUGGGACGGCCCUUCACACCGUUUGAACAGCUGAUGGCCGUUCUCCCAGAAAGAUCGAAGAACCUCAUCCCAGCAGCACUGAGACCGUUAAUGUACGACCCUAACUCGCCCAUCAUCGACUUCUAUCCUGCUUCUGUCAAAUUGGAUAUGAACGGGAAGACUGCCGAUUGGGAGGCGGUUGUAUUACUAUCUUUUGUCGACGAACAAAGACUUGUCGAGGCAAUGAAGCCAUACUUGGCCAAACUGACCCCUGAAGAACGCGAGAGAAACUCGUUUGGCGUAGAUUUGAGAUUUGCGUUCAACCCGCAGACGGACAACGUGUAUAAGAGUCCCCUAAGCGGCAUCUUUGCGGACAUCGAACACAACCACUGUAUUGAGAGACCGCACGAACUGAAACAACUUGCUGAUUCUGAAAUCAGGUACGGGUUACUCCCCGAUGCCAAGAUGGGGACAGAAUUGCUUGCCGGGUUCCCCACUUUGAAGACUCUGCCCUUCAAGGACGAAUUGGAGUACAACGAGAGUCAUGUGUUUCAACAACCUUCCAGACAGCAGUCCGUGUGUCUGAAGAUGGAGGACAUCUACAAGGAAAAUAACUUGACUGCCGAGGAAAUCGCCAAGAGAUACAUCAAUAAGGUGGUGUAUACCAGGUGGCCAUUUUUGAGAGAAUCGAGACUGGUCUCCGUUUGUGAUUCAAAUACGGUGUUCGAAUUUAAAGAAACGGGCAAGCAAAACGAAAAGAGAACUGGCAGAAUUGUGGAGCGGAAGGCCGAUAUCCACGAGCAGAAGAAGUACUCUUCUUUGAAGAAGUCGCUGAUGAGGGAUUAUGCUAAACGCAAAGCCGUCAUCUUGGACAACAUCAGGGUCAUCAUUGAAGUGGAACCCGUGACAGGUUUAGUGAGGAACUCAGAGGGUGCGUACGUGAAAACUUUCUCUUCCAACACAGAAUUCUUCCCACUGCAGCUCAUGGUUGAGUCCAUCUCCAAUGUUGAUAUCCGGUACAAGGAGAGAGAGGCAUUACCGAUCUCGGAAGAGUUUCCCGAGGGUUCCCGUGCGAUCUUUUUGGGAGACUAUGCCUAUGGUGGCGAAACUACCAUCAACGGAUACAGCAACGAGAAGAAGCUGAAAAUCACUGUUAAAAAGAGACUGGUCAAGGCAGAACCAACAAUCGGGAGAGAAAUGGUAGAGCACGACAGGAAAAUGGUUCAGUAUUACCCGUCCUUCGCUGUUGCCAAGCAACUGGGGUUGAACAGGCUGUUCUUGUCCCGGAUCACCUCCAGGUUCCUCGUUAAUGACGGCACCGGCAAACGUGUGAAUGUCGGUAUUCCAGUGAAAUUUGACGCCAAGAACGAAAAGGUGCUAGGCUACGCGAGGAAAAAUCCAAAGGGCUGGGAAUACUCUAACCUGCUUGUUCAUCUGCUAAGAGAAUACAAACAGAGAUUCCCUGACUUUUACCAAGCGCUGCAAAACAUCUCGGGGAACGAUAUCCCAAAUAUUAAGAAGAUUCUGCCAAAGUUGGAGCCAAAGCAGGCCAUGGAAAGGUUGGACGAGAUCAAAAAGUGGAACAAGUUUGUCACUGAGAAUUUUGUUAUCGUAUCGCUAGAGAGUGAUUCUUUAACAAAGGGUUCCAUCGUGGCCGUUGAAAAAUAUGUGCUACAGCACUCGUCCGAGCUUGCGCAGUUCGAGAUGAAGAAUCUAGCUAAGGUCCCUCGGGAAGCGAUCUUGAACCCAAGAGUAUCUUUGGGUUUACUCCGCUCCCAAAGAUUCAGGCUGGGUGACCGUGUUAUCUAUGUUCAAGAUUCUGGUAAGGUGCCAUUGUUCUCGAAGGGAACUGUCGUUGGCUACACUACCCUGGGGCUGAAUUUGUCCGUUCAGGUUCUCUUCGAUCACGAACUGGUAGCUGGUAAUACGUUUGGUGGGAGGUUGACCACCAAGAGGGGUAUUGGUCUGGACUCUUCUUUGCUAUUAAACAUAACCGAUCGUCAAUUUAUUUACCAUUCAAAGGCUUCCAAAAAGGUACAAACCCAAAACCCUAAGCAGAACUCUGCUGCCGCCUCGUUGAAAAAGAAGGCAAACUUGGCCCAGAAAAACAAGGAAGCGGUUGAGAAGGCUGAAAAGGGCAAAGAAGCAGCACACGAAUUGCUGAACUUGAUUCAAAACCCACAAGAUGAACGCGAUCUUCCAGAGGGCGGGGAAGAUACCUCAAGUAAACCAAAGCAGGAAAAGGGGAACUCUGCUAACCACAAGAAAAAACCGCGUCCCAAAGUAGCUUUGCUGAAAAAGAAGGACGAGUCAUCAAAGUUAAAUGGCAACGAGGAAAUCUCGCCACCAAACAAAAACAUUGCGAACUCUGUCUUCAGUGCUGUGUUAAACCAAUACGGCGAAGGAAAUGCUAUGCAUCCGGCACCCAUGCCGAAUGGGGUUAUCGGCGGCGAGAUGGCUGCUCCAGGGAUGGCAGGUCCUCAUCAGAUAGGCUACCAGACACUUAAUCCAAAUGGCUUACCGUACCAUAAUAUUCAACCUCAUCAACAAAUGAUGGCCGGUCCUCCUCAACAGCCCUAUCCACCCCACCCACAUCACAGUCACCAUCAGGGACCAGCCCAUCUAAACAGCAACCAUCCAAAUUUGGUUUACCCACAGCAUGCUGUGCAGGCCCCAGGUUUCUUACCAAUGGAUCCAACUGGUCAUGCACAUGAAAGCGCCAAAGAAUCAGAAACUGCUAAGCACUGA